ACUCGUUUGGUGCUGGGCAACGGAGAGUGAGAGCGAGGCUCCGGCUGAGGAGGGUUUGGAAACCUGGGGAAAAAAGGACUAUGGCUGCCAACAUGGGGUCCAUGCGUAUCCUCAUCAAGGGAGGGAAGGUGGUGAAUGAUGAUUUCACCCAGGAAGCAGAUGUCUACAUUGAGAACGGCAUCAUUCAGCAGGUUGGGAAAGAACUGAUGAUACCAGGUGGAGCUAAAGUGAUUGACGCCUCUGGAAAGCUGGUAUUGCCGGGCGGAAUAGACACCAGUGUGCAUCUGCAGGAAACUUUCAUGAAUGCCAGCAUCCAGGAUGACUUCUACAGUGGGACUAAGGCGGCACUCAUGGGUGGUACCACCAUGGUGAUGGCUCUGGUCCUGCCUGAACAGCACUGCUCCCUGCUGGACGCCUACGAGAAGUGCCGAGCUCUGGCCGAUGCCAAGACCUGCUGCGACUAUGCUCUGCAUGUUGGCGUGACCUGGUGGGGACCAAAGGUGCGUAAUGAGAUGGAGACCCUGGUUAGGGAGCACGGGGUGAACUCCUUCCAGAUGUUCAUGGCCUACAAAGACAUGAUGAUGCUGAGGGACUCAGAGCUCUACCAAACGCUGCAGACCUGUAAGGACAUUGGGGCCAUCGCACGUGUCCACGCUGAGAACGGGGAGCUGGUGGCCGAGGGUGCCAAAGAGGCUCUGGACUUGGGCAUCAGUGGACCAGAGGGUAUUGAGAUCAGUCGACCAGAAGAGUUGGAGUCUGAGGCUACUCACAGAGCUGUCACCAUUUCCAACAGGGCCCGCUGCCCAAUCUACCUGGUGAAUGUGUCCAGUAUGUCUGCUGGAGACAUGAUCGCUGCUGCUAAGAUGCAAGGUAAGGUGGUCCAUGCAGAGACCACAGUAGCACAUGCAGUGCUAAAUGGGAUGCAGUAUUACCACCAGGACUGGGCUCACGCCGCCGCCCAUGUCAUCGUCCCUCCUCUCCGCCUCGACCCCAACACACCCAGCUAUCUCAUGGGCCUGCUGGGCAAUGACACUCUGAGUGUUGUGGCAUCAGAGCACCGUCCAUUUAGCAUCAAGCAGAGAGCUCUGGGCAAAGAGGACUUCACCAAGAUCCCUCAUGGAGUGGCAGGAGUCCAGGACAGGAUGAGUGUCAUUUGGGAGAGGGGAGUGGUUACAGGAAAGAUGGAUGAGAAUCGUUUUGUGGCAGUGACUAGCUCUAAUGCUGCAAAGAUCUACAACCUGUACCCACGCAAGGGCCGUAUUAUCCCCGGGGCCGAUGCUGACGUGGUGGUCUGGGAUCCAGAUGCAACAAGGACGAUCUCUGUGAGCACUCAGGUGCAGGGUGGAGACUUCAACUUGUACGAGGGGAUGCGCUGCCACGGCGUUCCUCUGGUCACGAUCAGCCGAGGACGUCUGGUUUGUGAGAACGGUGUGUUCAUGUGUGCUGAGGGAUCUGGAAAGUUCUACCCGCAGCGCACUUUCCCUGACUACCUCUAUAAGAAGAUGGUGCAGAGAGAAAAGACUCAGGCUUAUAAAGGAGUUGUCAGGGAUCCAUACUCUGGUGACGUGGCCAAGGUGGCAAACACUAUGAAGAAGGAGCUCGGUUUGGGCCCAAUAGAUGGAGAGGCAGCCAACAAGCCCUGUGGUCGGGUGCACCAGGGGGUCAGAGACCUCCACGAGUCGUCCUUUAGCCUCUCAGGGUCUCAGGUCGAUGACCACAUCCCGAAGAGGUCCUCAGCUCGGAUCCUGGCCCCUCCCGGGGGUCGCUCCAGUGGUAUCUGGUAAUCGCUGGUGAUGAGCUUCAACCGUCCGAGCCUCCGUCUUUUGUAUAUUUCUGAGCAACCAGAAAAACUGCACUGAUUUUCACUCACAGGAUUAAAGUUAAGAGGGGAAAAUAAAUUCAAGCAUGUGUCUGUGAUUAGCUAUGACCUAACUGAUGAUCAGUGAUUUGCCAAAGUGACUUUUACAAAUCUAAUUUGUGUCUUAAUUGGAGUGACUGACCUGAUUAAUUACAGAGUGAAGGGCUAUCUGUGAAUUUAGAUGUUUUGCCAAAUUCAAGCUGAUCAUACUAACAUUGGUAAAGUCUGCUCAUUAUCACCCUGCUCGUAUCCCGUAAAAAAAACAAAAAAACAAACUAAACUGUGAAAGAUCAAAACCAGUACAGUUUUUGAUGGUUUGAAUUGAAGUGAUGUCGACUGAAUUAUUUAAAAAUAGUGGAACUGGAUUCAGUGAAAUAUCUAUUAUACCCCUGUCACACACAAACAUACAGUACACUGUAGACACCAUACCUUUAGACUCAUAUGAACAUGUGUGUGGAUUCUGUUUGUGAUUAAACCACCCACUGUGCUCGGCUUCCUGCUGCACCGUGGGUUCCUCUAACAGUGUUUUUGUUUCCAAUGGAUGAACUGUGCUGUGUGGUGAUGAAAUCCAACUGCUUCGAACACCGUGUGAUCUUACAGCUACACUCUCUUAUUAGAGUCAGACUUAACCCCCAUCCACCCUUAUACUUUCACUGCCUCUGACUGACACAACACAAGUCCCAGAAACAUCCCAGCCUCACCUGCAGUGUAGCAGGGUCUAUAGACUGAGCGACGCAAGUACGCAAACUGUGGGCUUACCUGGGAUUUUAACUGUGGUCCCAGUACUGAUCCCACAACAGCUAAAUGUAGGCAUUUCUGUUAUGGACACCUCGUUAUCUUUGUGGUAUCUAUAGACCUUGCAAAGUGCUACAACUCUGAGGAGAAGUCAGUUCAGUUUCUUUAAGGAAGGAUGAAGAGUAUGUGAUUUAAAGAUCACAGUGGAGGCAACAGGGAGGAAAGUUUUCUGUUACUUUGCUACUGAUAAAAUAUAACAGAAGAAUUGCGGUGAAAAAGGAGCUGUUUGACUGCUGUAAACACUGUGGGCCUCAUUUAUCACAAUGUGAUUAAACCACCCUCAAGAAAGUUGGUAUGAAUCAAAUAAACAUACACACUGGUGUGCAGUGAACAAUCAUAAAUCCUACCUAUUCUACUUUAAAACUAAAUUAAAACCUAUUCUACAUUCAAUUUAAAGCAUGGAGCCGACCAUACUCUAUGUUUUUGUUCUGGUCAACAAAUUCCAUGUAAAGACCAAAACAGGCAAUGUCUUAAGCUUUUCUCUCAGUACUUUCUGACUUCCCCAGCCUGUCUGUGGCAGCUUAACCCAGAUAGUUUGUAAAUGGGACCAAUUUAUUGUUGGUUUUGGUAUUUUAUGGGAUUUAUUGACAGUAAGGAAAUUAUAGAAAGAUUUACCCUUUAAUUAAAGGCUUCUUGUGGUGGAAAUUGUUGUAACUGAGACAGAAAAAGAAGACAAACACCACUGACAAUAAAGCACUUUAUUUGGCACUUUCACAAGUGGCUUGUCCAUAAAAGACUUUCAGAGCCAAAAGUUGCAAGAUUAAAUUAAAUUUGCGUGAAAACACUGGGUUGUCCAAUGGUCAGCUCUGUUUUGUCUCUAUUUUGGGAAUAUGUGUUUACCUGUGAUUACACCACUAGGGAUUUGUUAGGUAUGCAUUAGUUGUUCUAAAUGUUUGCACAUUAUCAAGCACAAGAAAAAAUUGUACACACAGUUGAUAGAUGAGGCCCUAGAUUGUGCACAGGGGGCCUGAAAACAACAGACACUAGAUUAUGUUCUUGAGUUUCAGUAGCAUCUUGAGAGUAAACUUCCUAUUUCCUGUAGGAAAGUAAAAUGGGACUGAUGUGAGAGCAGUGUGUCUCCACAGAGCAGGAAGAUUGAGCUGCACAGGCUGAAGAAAACCACUGAACCACUCUCAUUCCUGCCUCACAGUAUUAUAUUUAUUCAUGAUCACGUCGUCUUUCCUGUGUACUAUAUAUUUAGAAUGUUUGGUUUUUUUUUAGUUGAAAGAAUAAAUGUGCCAAUGUGAAUCACCCGUGCCACACCGACACCCAUGCAUGAAGAGCACCACAUGGAGAUGGAGAAGUGAAGUCUCUCCUGAACGCCACAGGUUCACAACAACUGGUGCUGUUUUUUACGAUUACCUACAAUGACAUUAUUUACUGUUGGAUGGUUUUGUUGUUUUGAAGGCACUGUGGUCAGUGGCUCUGUGUGUUUGUAGACUCUUGUUGUGUUGGACAGUGAACCUGUUGAAUCUGUAUGUGGCUGCUUGUUUCUUACCACAAGAAUAACAGCAAAGAAUAAA